AUGUUCUCCAAUCAUUGUCACGUGUCACAUUGUUCUCCAAUCAUUGUCACGUGUCGCAUUGCUCUCCAAUCAUUGUCACGUGUCGCAUUGUUCUCCAAUCAUUGUCACGUGUCGCAUUGCUCUCCAAUCAUUGUCACGUGUCACGUUGUUCUCCAGUCAUUGUCACGUGUCACAUUGUUCUCCAAUCAUUGUCACGUGUCGCAUUGCUCUCCAAUCAUUGUCACGUGUCGCAUUGUUCUCCAAUCAUUGUCACGUGUCGCAUUGUUCUCCAAUCAUUGUCACGUGUCACAUUGUUCUCCAGUCAUUGUCACGUGUCACGUUGUUCUCCAAUCAUUGUCACGUGUCACGUUGCUCUCCAAUCAUUGUCACGUGUCUCGUUGCUCUCCAAUCAUUGUCACGUGUCACAUUGCUCUCCAAUCAUUGUCACGUGUCGCAUUGCUCUCCAAUUAUUGUCACGUGUCACAUUGUUCUCCAAUCAUUGUCACGUGUCACAUUGUUCUCCAAUCAUUGUCACGUGUCACAUUGCUCUCCAAUCAUUGUCACGUGUCUCAUUGUUCUCCAAUCAUUGUCACGUGUCUCAUUGUUCUCCAAUCAUUGUCGCGUUGCUCUCCAAUCAUUGUCACGUGUCGCAUUGUUCUCCAAUCAUUGUCACGUGUCGCGUUGCUCUCCAAUCAUUGUCACGUGUCUCAUUGUUCUCCAAUCAUUGUCACGUGUCUCAUUGUUCUCCAAUCAUUGUCGCGUGUCACAUUGUUCUCCAAUCAUUGUCACGUGUCACGUUGUUCUCCAAUCAUUGUCACGUGUCACAUUGCUCUCCAAUCAUUGUCACGUGUCACGUUGUUCUCCAAUCAUUGUCACGUGUCACGUUGCUCUCCAAUCAUUGUCACGUGUCACGUUGCUCUCCAAUCAUUGUCACGUGUCACAUUGCUCUCCAAUCAUUGUCACGUGUCGCAUUGCUCUCCAAUCAUUGUCACGUGUCACAUUGCUCUCCAAUCAUUGUCACGUGUCACAUUGCUCUCCAAUCAUUGUCACGUGUCGCAUUGCUCUCCAAUCAUUGUCACGUCAGGAGCCCACCCUGGGCAAACGCCAGUGUCUGAGCACAUCACUGUCACCACCCAGGUGACCAUUUCGGCCCUGGGGAUUGAGGAAGUCACAUGUUCCCCCUUACCUGGAGGCCCAGCCAUAUUGCCACUCCCUUAUUUUCUUCCUGCAGCAGAAGCCCAACCUCGGUAA